UUUUCCUCAGGUGGAAGAUGGGUGGUGUGCGCAGCUACAACCCUGAGCAGAUCAUGCUAAGCACAGUAGUACGUUGGCAGAGUUGUGACAUCAACCUCAUGAAGCAGAAACUGAUCUUCUCAGCUGUUUGAACUCUCAAUCUGGCGGCACCCAUUCACUGCAGAGGAUCUAUUGGAGGGCAAGUGAUAUAAUGCUAAAUUUCUACAAAUCUGUUGUGUUGAAGAGACAAGCUCAUCUACAAUCUGGACAGCUUGCAAGAGUGCGGAGUGUGUAGAAUAUGGCCUGAUAUGGAUCACCAUAGAUUUAAUAUCUGUGGCGAUUUGUCAUCGGCAUCUUCAUUUUUCAGAAUGAAUGAUCAGAUAAGGUAGCUGAUGAAAGAAGGAGGGGAGCAGACCAAGACAUGGUGUCAGACUUUGACCUCAGAGUGGAGAUCCUAGCUUUGUGCAGAUCUCUCGGCCUCUCGCGGGCUCUUGCUGUCUUCUGGUUUAGACAUGAAGAUUAAUUUUGCUCCGGCUGAUGUGCCUCUGGUUAGGAGGAUCCAGACUGCUGCCGUACUGCAGUGGGUCUUCUCUUUCCUGGCCCUCGCCCCCCUCUGUAUUAUACUGUUCUUCUUCCUACUCUUCACUCGUUUCUGGCUCAUCAGUGUACUUUAUGCCGUCUGGUGGUACAUCGAUUGGGACACACCUUCACGAGGAGGUAGAAAAGUGCCCUUUCUGUGCCAAAUGCGCUUGUGGGAGUACAUGAGAGAUUACUUCCCUAUAAAGCUGGUGAAGACGGCUGAUCUUGACCCUAGGAAGAACUAUGUACUGGGUUUCCAUCCUCAUGGUAUUCUUGUGGCCGGUGCAUUUACAAGUUUCUGCACAGAGGCGACAGGUUUUAGCAAACUAUUCCCUGGCUUGAGAACCAACCUUCUCAUGCUGCCUCUCUGGUUCAGAGCCCCCUUCUUCAGAGACUACAUCAUGGCUGCAGGCCUGGUUCCAUCAGACAAGGAGAGUGCCAGCUAUCUGCUCCGGCAGAAGGGAGGUGGGAAUGCUGUGGUCAUUGCAGUUGGCGGUGCCCCUGAGGCUUUGGAUGCCCAUCCUGGUGACUACACCGUUCACCUGGCCAAUAAGAAGGGCUUCAUUAAGCUUGCAAUAGAGCACGGUGCAGAUUUGGUUCCUAUAUAUUCGUUUGGAGAGAACGAGGUAUUUGACCAGGUGGAGAACCCUCGAGGCACCUGGCUGCGAUAUAUUCAAGAGCGUCUGCAACGCAUUAUGGGCGUUUCUCUUCCUCUCUUCCACGCGCGAGGAGUUUUCCAGUACAGCUUUGGCCUAAUGCCUUACAGAAAACCCAUCAACACUGUUGUGGGUAGGCCAAUUCCAGUAGAGAAAAAUGAGAAACCAACAGCAGAAGAACUAGACGUGUUUCACCAGCGCUAUAUGGAUGAACUCAGCCGUCUGUUUGAUGAACACAAAGGAAAUUAUGGAGUAGCUGAAGAUGCUCACCUGGUAUUCCAAUAAAAGACUCACUCAAGCAACUCUGAGAUUGUGUACGUAUGUUUCUGUGAGAAAGAGACAAAGAGUUAUGUAUGUCUAGUUUAGUCUCAGUUGAAUAUUGUCAGCUUUUAAACCAAUGAUGUUUUGUUUACCAGUUUUUGAAUGUAUUGUCAGAAUUUUUGUGUAAGUCAAAGCAGUUCAUGCUUUUACAUGUCCCAAACAUUGCAUUUUCACGUAAAUUAAUUUCACUUCUAAAUUAACUGGUUUUACUCCAGUCAGAUGUAUUACGUAAUGUGGCUAACGCAAUAUAGUGUAUUUUCUACCGUAUGUCCACAUCUGAAUAAAACUCCACCAGUCUGUUUGAAUGACUCGGGCCACAGAGCCACUGAAGUUUCUCCACUGACUCCCAAAAGACGGUUGCAUCUCUCAGGAGGAUUGCAAUGUAAAGGUCUUCAGUCAUUACAACAUGUAAUAAGACAAAGUUAAGAUGGAACUUAUCUGAUGGUGUAAAACUUAAAAGACUUGACAUCAGAUAGAUAGACGGAUUGACAAAUGCAUCCCUGCCCCAUGAGGCUAUUUUAGUCCUCAGGGAUGAUUUGGGUCAAAGCUUGCACCGUGCAAUGGUUAGUCCUGUUUCACAAUGCACCCUGGUCUAGAAAAGUCUUAGUCAUUCCAGAAAGGACACAUUUCUUCACAAACACACGUAAUGACCACAGGCUGACCAGAUGUCCACAUGGGAUAAAUCAGGCUUUGACCAUUGCACUCUGACAGAUAGAUAUGUACAUGCAAAAGAGCAGUGCCAGAGACAGACAUCACAAUUAAAGGUCAGCAUUAGACAACGGCUGCUAAGACAUGGAAGUCAUAAAACUGACCGGUUGCUAUGUCAUUGGUUUAAAUAUAGUGCAAAUAUGAAAUGCAUGAGAAUAUUGGGUCGGAGGUAAAUCCUUGAUAUGACUCUAGGUUAUGGAAGAAAAUAAAAUGGAUCUUGUAUGUGAAUGGUGGGUUUAGAGGGGAGGUAAGGGGGUGUAUUACUAACCUGGAAGCUUCGGCUCUUGCACCAGCAGCCAGACUGACAAAUUGGACAUGCAUAAUAAUAUGAAUAAUAUAUCUCAUGCCCUGUAAUAACACCCUGGAGGGCUAUUUAAAGAUGCCCAAAAGUACAAGCAGGAUCAUCACUUAAAAUUCAAAUGGCCCAGAGCAAAGUUUUUUAUAGGCUGACUUUCCCAAGGUUUUAGUCAAAUACAAAAAUAAAAAGAUGCAUUGUUAAAAAAAAAUAAAUAAAAUAAAAAAUACAUGCAUGUGCAUUUCCUGGUUUCAAAUUCUGAAUAAUGUUUUUAAUAUAUGUGACCCUGGAACACAAAACCAGUCAUACAGGUCAGUUUUUUGAAAUUGAGAUUCAUAAUCUGAAAGCUGAAUAAGCUUUCCAUUGAUGUAUGGUUUGUUAGGAUGCAACUGUCUGAAAAUAUGGAAUCUGAGGGUGCAAAAAAAUCAAAAUACUGAGAAAAUCACCUUUAAAAGUUGUCCAAAUGAAGUUCUUAGCAAUGCAUAUUAAGCUCUGAUAUAUUUACGGUAGGAAAUUUACAAAAUAUCUUCAUGAAACAUGAUCUUUACUUAAUAUCCUUAUCCUUAAUUUUGACCUAUACAAUGUAUUUUUUGGCUAUUGCUACAGAUAUACUAUAUCUGUACUACGUAAGACUGGUUUUGUAGUCCAGAGUCACAUAUUUUAUAUUUAAAAUGUAUUUUAAUAUUGGAAAUAUAUUUUACUUGCCACUUAAAACACAGUUUGUAAUACUGUGGUGAAAGUUUAAAUAAAGUAUUUUUUUAUUUUUUUGAAAUGAAUAAAUAUUUUUUUCCUAAUAACCCAUGCUUGUAACUGGAGCCCCUGAAGGCACAUGGUGUGGGAGGAAAAAUUAUAUUUCAAUGCUUUUGCGUUCUCCAAAGAAACUGUG